AUGAACCGCAUUUUCGGCAAGAAGAAGCCCGAGGCGCCGCCCGUCAACAUCUCCGAUGUCGGGGGCAAGGUGGACGCGCGGGUCACGGACCUGGACAUGAAGAUUGAGAAGCUGGACCAGGAGCUGCGCAAGUACCGAGAGCAGAUGAAGAAGACGCGAGGCCCAGCCGUUAACUCCAUCAAGCAGCGAGCCAUGCAGACGCUCAAGCGCAAGAAAAUGUUCGAGGCGCAGCGAGACAAGUUGCAGGCGCAGUCAUUUAAUAUCGAGCAGGCGGCGUUUGCGAUCGACACAUCAAGAGACACAAUUACCACGGUAGCCGCCAUGAAGAGCGCAGCGGUGCAGCUAAAGGCGGAGACGCAGAAGAUCGACAUUUCAGAGCUGGAGGACGUGCAAGAUGACAUGGCAGACUUAAUGGAGGACAUGAACGAGAUUCAAGAGAUCAUGGGCCGCUCCUACGGUAUCGGCGACGAGAUCGAUGAAGACGAGUUGGAGGCGGAGCUGGAGGGGCUCGAGGAGGAGUGGGCUGAGGAAGAGGCCCUCGGAGAAGAAGCAGAGCAGGCGCCAUCCUACCUCGCGCCUGCUCAGCACCACGAGCUGCCCGCUGCGCCUUCAGGCUCCUUAGACUCGGGCCGGACUGCUCGCGCCACGGACGAGUUCGGGCUGCCUGUGGCAUCGUACUCAACGUAG